AUGGCAUCUCAGCGUCGCGCACCCGGCCUCGAGGCCUCGCGCUGGGCCGACCCUCCCCAAGAACUUGUGCCGCCACCACCAGCUCUUGCUCCUGCUCAGCACAUGUCUGAACUUCAGAUCCAGCCCUACAUACCUGCCGGCAUGCAAAUGCAGCCGUACUAUGCCGCAAACCUUCAGCUGGUCCCGCGGCACUUUGCGGCUGAAGCCCACCACAACACCGCGCCCAUCGCCGAAAUGAAAACCCGACUCGCAGAGAUGGCCUCGGUCCACUCGGAGGACGUCCUACAACUGAAUCGCCGCGCAAACCAGCAGGAGGACGCGAUCGAGGACAUUAAGGAGGUGUUUCAGAAUGAUAUGCAGGUGCUCGAACAGCGCCUCAACUCUUUCAUCGAGCAGCAAGCUACGCCGCUGCCAUCGAAGGCGAAGCACAACUCAUCUGCUUCCGAUCCCUUCGUUGACAAGCAACCAGCCAAAAAGCAGACUCCAGGUCACAUCGUGUGCGAGACCAAGGAUGCAGUCGUCGACGUCGUCAUACAACACAUCGACCAAGUAAGCGCUAAGCAAGAGCGUGUUGACAGUGCAUAUGGCUCACCGACCCGCUCUCAGCCCUCGAGCGCCGCAUCCUGGCGUCCGAUGGCUAUUCGCAAGCUUCCACCGAAGUCCAUCUCCGACGAAGCAGCAAUUCACAAUGAGGUCUUCACAUGGGACUUUCUGCGAGACUUGCUCGGCGGAAAAGAAUGGUCUCCAGGCUUCUACUUCAACAGCAGCAAGGACUGCAUCCUUCCCACCAAAGGCUAUUGGCUGGUAGACCUAACACACGAACCAUUCAUGCCACGCAACCCGGGCGAGCACGGCGCGAAGCUGACGGCCUUCUUCAACGAGACCUUGGCUGGAGAUGACGAUGCUCCUGAUGAGAUGAACUACAAGGACACGCCAGUCUUUGUAAGCUCUGACGGUGGAAAGAUGUAUCGAUAUGUGGGGAAGUACAGCCAGAACCGUUACUCGGACAAGGUUGGAUAUGACACGAUGAUGGAGCACAUUCCACAGUCAGUGCUCAAGUUCCAUGCCGGGCAACUCGCACAAGUCGGCCGUCCGAAGUGGAUCACCACAUGCCUGAAGAACCACUUCUGGCCCAAGCCGGUCUAUGAAGGUCCAGUACCGACCGAGUCAGAGGAUGCAGCGGCCGAGAUCUCCAAGUCGGGCAUCGAUUGCAAGGUCACGAAAGCACUUGAUGCGUACGCCAACGAGCUGAAGGAAUGGGAGAAGUCCUCUUUGGUCAAAGUGAACCUGCUCGAAGCCUCUACCAUUUUGAAGGCGUUCAACACCGAGGACAUCCUUUCAGAGCCCGGCCUGCGCCUGUGGUGGGAGUAUCUCGAAUGCGUCGGUUAUGAUGACGCUUUCUACGACAUGCUCGUAAGUCUCGCCAAGGCAGACUCCAUGCACAAUCAGCACAACAAGUCCGCCGCACUCAAGGAGACCGCCGCCUCUCACAUGUUCUCGCCCAAUCACACUCCAUCGCUUCCAAAGUCUCCUCUCUACGGCGCCAGCACCAAAGCUCUGCAGAAGAAGCAGUGGCAAGAAGAUCCAGGAGUUGAUGCCUUAUCUCUCCCAGAGACCAAGUGGUCCACCCCGAAGUUCGACUCCGCUCCUGUUGCCGCUCCCAAACAGAAAGCUGGCAACCAGACCAAAGCCACGGCCAACCCCUUCGAUGGCAAAGGCGACAUGAACGCUGCUAAGGAUUUCGCCAAAGAAGCCACGCCCGCACAUGGCCGUACGAAUGGCACGUUUGCAAAGAAGGCAGCAGCAAAGAAAGCAGCAGUGCACGGCACAUACCCCGCAUGCCCUCCCACGCCAGCAUUUGGCGCUAUUCCAGGCAAGGCAGUGAAUGCAGAGAACACGUCGGAGCCCAUUGCGCAAACUAAGAAGACUAAGAGCACUCCGCCACACCUCAGCCGAGGUAAAUGA